ACCUCCAGAGCUCUCAGCCUUGCCUAGGCAGGACUGAUCGGUCUGUCAAAUACAUCAUGUAGCCUGGGUCACGGUUGACAGCUACAUCACAUUACUCUGAAGUUUGUAUCUAGUAACACUAAAUGGGCUACAUUGUUAACAAGAGGUUUAUCAUCCAACUAAAAUCCUUCCUUUUUAAAAUGGUUAAAAUGGUCCACAAUGUCAUCAACACCCAUGGAGUUGGCUCACUCCUCCUGGUCUUGAUGUGCCAGGGCAACGUAUCUCUCUGUCUCUCUCUCUCUCUCUCCCUCUUUCACUUUUGCUCUCUCUCAUUCACUGUAUUUCUCUGCUAGACUGUAAAAAAAAUAUAUGUAUUUGAAAGAUUUCUCCCUUCCUCUGUGUUGCGCACCAGACACUGAGAUGCGGGAUAAGGCCUCCGGAUAUUAUCUUUAUGACACACAAGAAAUGACCAGCGCUCUCGAAGAAGGUCCCUCUCAGCCGUCACUCUCAGCCAGCCAUGGAAAGGUUUGGGGUGCUCCUCUUCAUAAUAUCCUGCUAUUACAUGGUAGCAAAGACCUAAAGACGAGGGUGUGUAAGAUGGCAGUGUGGAUCCAGGCCCAGCAGCUCCAGGGGGAUGCGCUGCACCAGAUGCAGUCUCUCUAUGGACAGCACUUCCCCAUUGAGGUGCGCCAUUACCUGUCCCAGUGGCUCGAGGGCCAACUCUGGGAUGUGAUCGAUCUGGAGAACCCCCAGGAGGAGUUUAAGGCCAAGCGUCUGCUGGACAGCCUGAUCCAGGAGUUGCAGAACAAGGCUGAGCAUCAGGUGGGAGAGGACGGCUUCCUGCUCAAGAUCAAACUGGGACACUACGCCAGCCAGCUCAAGAGCACGUAUGACCGCUGCCCUCUGGAGCUGGUGAGAUGCAUUAAACACAUCCUGUACACGGAGCAGAGGCUAGUCCGAGAGGCCUCUAAUUCGAGCUCCCCAGUGGGAGGGAUGAUGGACAGCAUGUCCCAGAAGUACCAGCAGAUCAAUCAGGCAUUUGAGGAGCUGCGCCUGCUGACCCAGGACACAGAGAACGACCUGAGAAAGCUCCAGCACAACCAGGAGUACUUCAUCAUCCAGUACCAGGAGAGCCUCCGCAUCCAGGCCCAGUUGACCAGCCUGACCACACUGCCCCCUGCUGACAGACAGCUGAGGGAGCCCACAUUACUGAGCAAGAGAGCCACCGUGGAGGCCUGGCUCACACGGGAGGCCAACACACUACAGAAAUACAGACUGGACCUGGCAGAGAAGCACCAGAAGAGCCUGCAGCUGCUGAGGAAGCAGCAGACCAUCAUCCUGGAUGACGAGCUGAUCCACUGGAAGAGAAGGCAACAGCUGGCCGGAAACGGGGGUCCUCCGGAGGGGGGGCUGGACAUCCUGCAGUCCUGGUGUGAGAAGUUGGCAGAGACGAUCUGGCAGAACAGGCAGCAGAUCAGGAGAGCAGAACACCUGAGACAACAGCUUCCCAUCCCCGGCCCCAUCGAGGAGCUACUGAACGACCUCAACAGCACCAUCACAGACAUCAUCUCAGCACUGGUCACCAGCACCUUUAUCAUAGAGAAGCAGCCUCCCCAGGUGCUGAAGACCCAGACCAAGUUUGCCGCCACAGUGCGCCUCCUAGUGGGUGGAAAGCUCAAUGUGCACAUGAACCCCCCGCAGGUCAAGGCCACCAUCAUCAGUGAACAGCAGGCGAAGGCCUUGCUCAAGAAUGAGAACACCAGGAAUGACAGCAGUGGAGAGAUCCUUAACAACAACUGUGUGAUGGAGUACCACCAGGCCACAGGAACACUCAGCGCCAACUUCAGGAACAUGUCUUUGAAGAGGAUCAAGCGCUCGGACCGGCGAGGGGCGGAGUCUGUGACAGAGGAGAAGUUUACCAUUCUGUUUGAGUCUCAGUUCAGCGUCGGGGGUAAUGAGCUGGUCUUUCAGGUUAAGACGUUAUCACUUCCUGUGGUGGUGAUCGUCCACGGUAGCCAAGACAAUAACGCCACGGCAACAGUGCUGUGGGACAACGCUUUUGCCGAACCCGGUCGGGUGCCCUUCAUAGUGCCCGACAAGGUGCUGUGGCCCCAGCUGUGUGAGGCCCUCAACAUGAAGUACAAGGCGGAGGUGCAGAGUAACCGUGGCCUCUCAGAGGAGAACCUGGUCUUCCUGGCCCAGAAAGCCUUCAGUAGCUCCAGCAUCAACCCUGACGACUACCGCGGCAUGACCAUGACCUGGUCCCAGUUCAACAGGGAGAGUCUGCCUGGCAGGAAUUUCACGUUCUGGCAGUGGUUUGAUGGGGUCAUGGAACUCACAAAAAAACAUCUCAAACCACACUGGAAUGAUGGGGCGAUCCUGGGAUUUGUGAACAAGCAGCAGGCCCAGGACAUGUUGAUGUCCAAACCCAACGGGACCUUCCUGCUCCGCUUCAGCGACUCUGAGAUCGGAGGGAUCACUAUCGCCUGGGUGGCUGAGAAUCCCAACAAACCAGGGGAGAGGAUGGUGUGGAACCUCAUGCCCUACACAACCAAAGACUUCUCCAUCCGCUCUCUGGCUGACCGCAUCAGUGACCUCAACCACCUCCUGUUCCUCUACCCAGACAGACCCAAGGAUGAGGUCUUCUCAAAAUACUACACGCCGCCCCUGUCCAAAGCAGUGGAUGGAUACGUGAAACCGCAGAUCAAACAAGUGGUACCAGAGUUCACCACGACCAAUCCUGACCCAGCAGCAAACCCCACCUACAUGGAUCACGGAGCCUCCCCUGUUGUCAGUCACCCUCCAAACUACGGCAUAUACCAGCCUAUGAGUGACUCCAUAUUAGAUGCAGACGGUGACUUUGACCUGGAUGACACCAUGGACGUGGCGCGACACGUUGAGGAGCUGCUGCGGCGACCUAUGGAGAACCAAUGGAGCGGCCAGCAGUCGUGACCCUCAACCUCUAACCCCUGACACCAACAAAAGAACCCCGCACCUUUUGACAUUUCUGAUGGUUUAAUUCCAUUCAUUUCCUCCUGUUCUGUUUCAGAUAGCUAUAAUGUGAAAUGUUAAUAAUGGUUGUGAUUGUUUUUUUGUUUUUUCUCCUCAGCAUGCAAACUGCACGUCAGUGACCUUUUUUCAGUUUGUCUCCGUGCGUAUCUGUAAAACAGACUAGGUAGAAAUGCAAAAAAAACACAAUGUUACAGUAUUGUAUGAAAAAAAUUCAAUUCACGCAUGUAUUUUAAUUUGGUCAUAAUUCUAACAAAGAUAUUUGAAGAGCACUCUCCACAACCGGUAUGAAGUCAUUUAAACAGUUGUACUGUUUUUAUUUUUGUUUAGUUAUUUUAUUAUUGUAAAUGGUUUAUCAACAAAGUUUGUUUUUUAUUGAAUCCGCCCUCUGCCAAAGAAGAGAAACUUCAAUGAAUAAUUUGUUGUUGUUAUUGACAAUAUCAUUGGAUUUGUUGCUAAGGGAAGUUUCAAUCAGUACUAUAAUAAUUCUGAAUCUUUACACACUA